UUAGUUAAUAAAACCAAAUACACCUUUGCUUUAUUUUUCAAUACAGAAGCCGACAUUAAAGUAACACAUUUGAGAUGUUUACCUAGACGAUUAUCUAAGCGGCAAAUAGGGAACAUAGGAUAACAGAAAUAGACCGGUGUUAUCUGUUUUCUUGGCAUUGUUUUUGUCACAGUUGCGGCGUCCGUUGAUCGCCAGUUAUCAGCCAGAGAGUAAAGUACACAUUUUCUUAUCGGCAUCUCGGCUCUCCCAGCUUCCAGCUUCCAGCUUCCAGUCGCUCCCAUUGAUUGUUGAGCUCCAAAGCCCUCCAGACGUGGUUCAAGUGCAAGAUAACGAAUGGGGAACAAAUUCCUCUUUACCCUUUGAAAUUACAUAAAUCAAAAUUAACAGCGGACAAGCCCCCUCCAGGUCAAUGGAAAAUUCAAAUAUUACCGGAAUGAAAUUGAAAUUGCAAAUUUAAUGUAUAUGAACCAUAAGUGAAACUGCAGCUAAAAUUAAUACCUUGUGGUUGUGAUAAAUCUAUAAAGCUUAACCAUGGCCGAUAAGGAAGUGAAACCGGUGGAAAAGACUGCAGAUCCGAUCAUCUCACAGAUUGGUGACUUUCGACGUUACCAGUUUCUGUUUUUCUUCCUCAUCCUGCUCUCCAAAUUCGGCACUGGGUGGCACACUUUGGGUCACAUUUUCCUAGCUGCCCCCACACCUGUAUCCUGCAAGACGGAAAAUGUUACAGAUGCAUGUAGCAAGGAUUGCAAAAAGGUUGAAUAUGACACAAGUGUCUUCAAAUCGACCAUUGUCACUGAAUGGGAUCUGAUAUGUGAUCUCAAGACACUGGUGAGCCUGUCGCAAUCCAUUGUCAUGAUGGGCAUUAUGCUGGGGAGCAUGGGAUUUGGCAUGAUGGCAGAUCGUUAUGGAAGACGUCCUGCCUUUUUAACCUGUUGUUAUAUGCAACUGUUCACCGGUCUUAUUGUCUGCUUGUCGCCCUUUUACUGGUUUUACUGCCUCUUUCGGUUUUUGGUGGCCUUUGCCACGGGUGGAACCAUGACCACCAGUUUUGUGCUGCUCAUGGAGAUCGUUGGGCCUAAGAGGCGGGAGAUGAUAGCCAUUUUGUAUCAGAUACCCUUCGGUAUUGGCCACGGCUCUCUGUCUGUGUUUGCGUAUUUUAUUCGUGAUUGGCGUUGGUUUCAAUUUUCCAUCACCAUUUUUUCUGUUGUAUUUGUGAUAUACAUCUGGCUAGUGCCGGAGUCACCGCGUUGGCUUUAUACCACUGGACGUUUGGAUAAAUCCAUUAAGAUCCUGGAGAAGAUCGCACGUUGCAACAAGGCCCCAACGGAGACCAUACGACCGGAGAUCGAGGCUGCAUAUGCCCUGAAGGAUGCCCAACAACAGGCCAAAAAAGCCAAUAUGUGUGACUUGUUCCGGACACCAUAUCUCCGGUUGAAGACCAUUUUCAUGGCCAACGAUUGGCUGGUGACAUGUAUGGUCUACUAUGGUACCGCUCAAUACGUGGCCGUGCUGGGUGGCAAUAUCUUUGUGAACAAUAUGAUCGCAGCCUUCGUGGGCAUUCCGGGCACAUGUCUCUGUGUUGUGUUGACCAAGUAUUUGGGUCGCAAAUGGACGCUCAUCCUCUCGAGUUCCAUAAGUGCGGUGGGUCUGUUCUUACUCGCCGCCCUCUUUGAGUUGGGCACCAUAGCUCAGGUGGUCUGCGCUGCCCUUGGACUCUUUGGAGCCUCGAUGAGUUUCCCCAAUGUGUAUCUGUACGGCGGAGAGCUCUUUCCCACUGUUGUACGCUCCAAUGGCGUGGGCCUGUGUUCGAUGGUGGGUCGAAUAGGAUCCAUCCUGGCCCCACUCAUCUGCGACCUUAAGGCGUACGGCAAUUGGAUUGCUCCGGUCAUCUUUGGAAUCUUCUCCGUGCUAGCUAUUCUGGGAACUCUGUUCCUGCCGGAGACCCGAGGUAUGCCCCUGCCCGAGACUCUUGAGGAUGGCGAGAACUUUGGACGUAAAGCGAAAAUGUAAUUGUUCAAUGUAGUUUUUUCAAGUGUAGUGUUUUUCUCAAGAGCGAAAUUAAAUAGUUUAUGGAGCCAGUGUUUGGGCUUCGAAAUUAUUAAA